AUGAACGGCGUGCAGAAUGUCAUUGCAAUCACGCGAAAAAGUAAUAUCUGGUGGACAGAACAGACGUCUGUGCCGGAUAAGCGCCGUUCAUUUCCGACUGGAACCGAAUUUUCGGUGCAGCAUCGCCAUGACGCUGCUGACUAUGAGCAACCGAUCAGUACGCGGCAGCUGACACAAUACGAUACAACCGAUCGAGCGCUUGCUAAAACACGAUCGCAUCUUUGUAAGAAUUAG